AUGACAUCCUGUACACCAGUGCGAAACGGCCGCAAAACAUGGAAAUUCCUUCGAUCGGCACUCGGUGCCCCCACGCCGCCUAUUACCAUCCAGAGUAACAUCGUACGUACAACAGAUGACCCCUCGCGGUACAGCUCCGACCGGGAAGAGGUGGCAGCAGGACUCCGACAUCUGCUUGACAACUGGGCCCCCCUACCGAGAAAACCACUCGCCCUAGACAUCUCGGCACAGCCCUGGAAUCUGACCGCCAGCGCGUUCCGCACUUUUUCCGCGAAUGGCUCCUCCGAACUCUGGAUUGCUGCCCCAGCAUACAUCCGUGAAAGGGAACGUACCAACAUCAACCUCAUCUUACGCACAGGCCUUGUCCCCCCGACCCUCGGACGCAAACAGAUGAUCUACCUCGCAAAAUCGGCUACCGCCCAAGGUGUGGUUAACCUCGACCCUGACCUGCCUCCAUGGCAUCCCAUCACUGUCCAGAGUGCCUUCAGCAACCGCAUCUUCACCGUUAUACGGGAUUACAUCUCCCCCUGCAUACCCAACGAGGAGAUGCAACAGGGAUUUCAGCGGGAACUGCUUACCUCCCUACUCAUCGAACGCGCAGAACGCCGGCAGGAAGAGCUUUUCCUCUUUCCAACGAUUGCUUUAAAUGCUUCGAUCGCAUCCUAG